GGUGAGACCGCCUCCCUAGGAAGAAGCGUCUGACACCCAUCCUUCCUACAGUCCUCAUCACCAGCUGCAGGCUACCGCCCCAAGCAUGCAGAUGAACCCAUACCCUAACAAGCAAAAGCCAAACAGAGUAACUUUUUCACAAUCAACUGGCCAAGUCUCUUGGAAUCCUACCUUAACGGGAUUGCGCCAGUCAGAAAGAGAUGCCUGUGAAUUCAUUUUGGAAUUUCUAGAACAAGGACAAGUGUCCCAGUCAGACAAGCUGAAGUUCCUGAGGGCUGUGGAUACCCUGAGCAGCGCUGUUCGCUCCCAGCCAAAUGGCAGUAUGAAUGAUUACUUUCCCAAAUCCAUUCUGGCCAAGAAAAUUGAGGUGCUAAUCCUUGAAGAAUCCACCGAGGUCUUGGUCAGCAAUGUGCGUCAGCAAGCCAUGCUCUGCAUCGUGGCCCUGAGCCAGGUGAAUCCACCAUUCUACUUACCCCAGAAACUGGACCUGGUAAAUUCCUGCAUCUCUAGCACAUUCUCUCUGCCCCUCAUCGCGCCCAGUCUAGACCGAAAGGAGAGUGCUAGUCUCUACCUCCAGACGAUCCAAGCCUUAGAUGACCUGUUGCAAGCUCUCGUAAUGGAGGGUCUGGACCCCAGCAUGGCAUUACUACAGGACUUCCUGGAGAUCAUCUUGCCUUGGUUAACACUGUCAGAGAAAGUGCACGAACAGACCCGGGCCUUGGGCGCCAUUGCCCGGAUGCUGAGGUUUAUUUGCAAUUUCCCGGAGCUGUCGGACAUGACGGAGUUCUCCAUGAGUGGGAAGCUAAUCGGCAUCUUAGGCCUGUUCUGCAUGAACGCCAACCAUGAGAUCAGCACAGGGGCCUCAGAGGCAUUGCAUUACUUGUUCAAAAUCCUCGUGCUUCAUAGAAGUGUGAAACAGAAGACAGAGGUCGUCCUGAAGGACUUGCAGAAGCAUUUCCGGGGAGGAUGGUUUGCCAACAUGCAGAGUCUCACUAUGUUCUUCCAGAAAUACCUGACACCUGAAGAGAGAGCAGAUGUGCUAAUGGUGUCAAUGGAGGCCAUGACCAGUGCCAACAGGAAAGACGCCUUCGCGGCUUCCAAGAUGCUAAAGAUGAUCCUGAAGUACUCUAUGCCAGAAAUUGGGAAGGUGCCAGAAAUCAUCCAGUACAUUUACCACAAUGUGAACAACAUUACCGAAACCACAGCCCAAGGGACCAUAGAGAAGAUCCUUUACCUGCUGGCCCAGACCUACACUGAUGAAGUUAUCUUGACACUAUUUAAGAUGGAGGAUCAGUCACAAAGAGUGGUUCAUAAGCCCUGGGAAAUCCUGGCUUCAUUCCCCAAAGGCUAUGAAGUGAUCAUGGAAUUUCUGAUGCAGAAACUGACUCCAUACCAGAAAUCAAAGGAACAGGAGACCAGCCACGGGAUGGAGAUCUCUCCAUUGAUUGCCACCAGGGCCAUCCAAGAGCUCCUGCUUGAACCAAGUCGGCGGAUGGAGAUUCAUACCUUCUUCUCCUCCCUGUUUAUGGCCUUGCUCUUCCGGAUCUCCUUUCUCGUGCUUGAAGGGGACACGGACAUCCAGGAUGAGCAGCAUAUAACCGGAUGGGUGGAUCCUGUCAGUUGCAGCAUAGAGGCCCUGAAGACCUUGAUGCUAAGUACCGGGUAUGGAGACCACGUGUCUUAUCUUCAGAAACUUGGGGGCUGGGAGCUGCUCAGCAGUCCCGAAAGACACUAUGAGGGGGUCACUCUGCUGGCCAGGACCAUGGUCAUCAAGAACUGUUGGCACAACAGCCCCAUCUUCAGUUUCAUCAUCAGCAUGCUCCAAGACCUGAACUACACGAAUCACUUAACGGCCUUCGUGUUCAUGACGGAACUGCUCCAGUGCCCAGGGGUGGCGGCCAUAGCAGAUGAAGCCACUCUCCGCAUCUUGGCAAACUGGUUCCAACAUGAGGAGCCCACCACGGUGAAGCUCUUGCUGCGGAUGGUGGUGAUCUUUGCAAAGCACGGGAACAUGGUGCGACAGCUCCGUGUCCUCCAGCCCUAUGUGCUGAACUGCUGCUACUCCCUGGACAGCGACAUCGUCACGGAGACAUUCGCGGUGCUCAAGUGUCUCACGCAGCUCCUCAGCUGGCGGCAGAACGCCUCUUUCUUCGUUCAGCUCUCCUUCACGCUUGGGCCCUUCUUUGAGGAGGAGUCAGAGCACCUGCGCCUGAUGGCCUUUGAGACCUACAGGGCUCUCUUGGCUAAGGUCAAGAGGAGAGUGCUUGUCUUCCCCUUGAAGCACCAGGUCCUCAACUUGAUAGUCCCCCUCUUGCUCCACCUGGAGGAUGUGAAUGUCAGUGUGGCUCAGAUCUGCCGGCCUGCGCUCUGCCACACGGCCGUCAUACUGGGCUGGUCAAGGCUUGAAGUGAUUUUUGCCGAGAAAGAUGUAUGGACUAUCCUCAGAGCCCUGCUGAAGCAGAAGGCAAACAAGGCCCCCUGGUUUCUGAAGCAGUGUGUGGCCUUCUUCAAGAGCCCACAGGCCCCCAUCCGCCAGACAGCAGUACGGUUUGCAGGCCAGAUCAUCCAAACCCUUGACAGGAGAGAGGUCGGUGAUAUCGAGGACGUAUACGCAGCCCUAAGGUCCAUGCAAGAAGACCCCGACCCCAUGGUCAGCUGCCUCGCCACUCAGACCCUUUACAUCCUGGAAGCCAAGGAGAAGCAGCUGGCCAACACCCCUACCUCCUGCUUCUGCAGCCGGAGGCCUUGAAAGGGCCACUCCUGAGCCUGCGUCCUUGGGACCUGGCCAGGGCGGCUGUGACUGUGACAACCGCAACAGGGGGGCCUGGCUCCCGAGCCCCACCCUAGAAGUGGCUGUGUGCCCCCGCAGACCCUUUGUAAUAAAAGGAAGAA